AUGGGGAAGGGACAUCCCAAGGAUCCCAGAUAGCACGGCCUGCAGCACAAGUCUAUCCGGGAAAUCGCUGACCCCCAGUGUGACCCUACAGGAUUUCAAACAUGGCGGAGCCCUCCGUUGGGAGUACGGGCCCAGGAGGUUCAGCAGAGGACCGUGAGUUUGAUCUUUCAGCAGAUAUGCUCGUCCACGACUUUGACGACGAACGCACACUGGAAGAGGAGGAGAGGCUCGAGGGAGAGACCAACUUUAGCAAUGAGAUCGACGACCUUGCCCGGGAGGGAGAGAUGCCCAUUCAUGAGUUGUUGAGUAUGUACGGAUGUGGCGGCGGUUCACCAGCAGAUGGAGAGGAUGAAGAAGAGGAGGAGGAGGAAGACUUUGAGGACGAAGAGGAGUUGGAGGAUGAGGAGGACGAGGAAGAGGACGAUCUGGACAAUGAUGAAAGCAGUAGAAACACUGGCGAGCUGAAGAGGAAUAAGACUGAGAGGGUGAAGAUCUCGUCAGGAAUGGGGAACGAGAACCAGUUGUCCUGCGAGGGCCGCACGCGCUCCGUCAAAUCCCACGGCACGGCAGAGCUGAUACGCGGAUCACAGACGCUCAAGUACUUUGAAAAUAAGGAUGCAGAAGAAGAGUCAGAAGAAGAUGAAAAUUAUGUCCCUUCUGAGGAUUGGAAAAAGGAAAUCAUGGUUGGGUCCAUGUAUCAGGCUGAAACACCGCCUGGCCUUUGUAAAUAUAAAGACUAUGAGAAAGUAUAUGAAAACGAUGACCAGCUUUUAUGGGAUCCCGAGUUCCUUCCCGAGGGCAAGGUUGUGGAGUUUUUAUCUCAGGCGUCAACACGAACAGGAGAGGAGAAAGGAGUGGAUGCCAUCCCCGAGGGAUCCCAUAUCAAAGACAAUGAGCAGGCACUUUAUGAGUUGGUCAGGUGUGAAUUUGACACCGAGGAAGCUUUAAGAAGACUGAAGUUUAAUGUGAAGGCAGCUAGAGAGCUGUCUGUGUGGACAGAAGACGAAUGUAGAUAUUUUGAGCAAGGACUAAAAGGUUAUGGGAAAGACUUUCAUUCAAUACAAGCCAACAAGGUGAGAACUAGGUCAGUAGGAGAAUGUGUGGCCUUUUAUUACAUGUGGAAGAAGUCUGAGCGUUAUGAUUUCUUUGCACAGCAAAGCAGGCUGGGGAAAAGGAAAUACAGCCUUCACCCUGGGGUCACGGACUACAUGGACCGGCUGCUGGACGAGACGGAGAGCGCCACGUCCAGCCGGGGGGCCUCGCCCCCUCCCACCACCUCCAACAGCAGCACCAGCCACUCUGAGAGGGAGGAUGGCAGUAGCAGCCACAAUGGUUUAGUGAGUCACAACUUGAGCUCGGGAGAAGCUUCCCAAUCAUCCACGGUGGCGAACGACGUCAAAGCAGAACCCGUCCAGUUCAACGGGCUCACCUCCCCCCACCCCUCUCUGGAUGUUCCUCACACUGCCCUCCACCCCUCUCUGGAUGUUCCUCACACUGCCCCCCACCCCUCUCUGGAUGUUCUCCCUCCGCCCACUGCCACCCACCCCUCUCUGGAUGUUCUCCCUCCUCACACUGCCCCCCACACACCUCUGGAUGUUCUCCCUCCUCACACUGCCCCCCACCCCUCUCUGGAUGUUCUCCCUCCGCCCACUGCCACCCACCCCUCUCUGGAUGUUCUCCCUCCGCCCACUGCCACCCACCCCUCUCUGGAUGUUCUCCCUCCUCACACUGCCCCCCACCCCUCUCUGGAUGUUCUCCCUCCUCACACUGCCCCCCACCCCUCUCUGGAUGUUCUCCCUCCUCACACUGCCCCCCACCCAUCUCUGGAUGUUCUCCCUCCUCACACUGCCACCCACCCCUCUCUGGAUGUUCUCCCUCCUCACACUGCCCCCCACCCAUCUCUGGAUGUUCUCCCUCCUCACACUGCCACCCACCCAUCUCUGGAGGCUCUCCCUCCUCCCACCACCUCGGACAAAGAGUCCAGCAGCUGCGAGGCAGUGGUCGCCACUCCCAGCCACGACAGGAAUGGCUCCCUGGAGCCCCACUGUGGCAACGGUCACUACGAUGACAUGCCGGCCAAGAGGUGCCGGACAGAGGCGGAGCCACCAGAACCCUCCAGAACAUUGACGACCCUCCAGCAAGAGAACAAAUGAUAAUGAUGACCCCUUCUCAGAGAGGUCAAAGCGCACAGAACCAAACCUAAAUAAAAAAUAACAUGGUUGUAUUCAUUAGUGCACACCGCAGCAAAACGUUUUGCAACAGAAAAAUAAAACUAGAUUUUCUUUUUGGACAAGUUCAGGUAGUCCAUCCCUGUUGGUCUGUUUUUUUUUCUCGUUUUGGGCCUAGUGAAUACGACCUAUACCAACCAACCAAACACGGCUGGGCCACACCAGCAAACGGAGGGAAGGCAGCGGCCUGAUUGUAAAAGGGGCACAACGUACAGCCCUGCCUCGUCCCCCAUCCAGCAAAACCUCCAACGCUCCAAACAUCCAAAGUACCACAGUUUCUGCACCCCUCCCUUCCUCCUACCUGCUACCACCUCAUAAUUCAUACGGAUUCUUAUACUCAUUCUCCUUAUUCACUUUUUUGGAGACCGAUCUCGAAAAUUUCUACGGAAAGAAAAUGUUUUUUCCCCUAUUUGUAUUAGAAUAAAAAUCGCCUGUGGUAUUUUUUUACUUGAAAAAUAUGUAUAUAUUUUUUCCAAUAAAUGUACUAUGAUUGAUGGGUAUUUUGCUUUCCAAGACAUUUGAAACAAAGAAGUGAAAGGGGCGAUGUUGAGGGUUCUAGGUCUUCGACGGGGCGAUCGAUAUGCAGGCAGAUUGGCGCUGUUGCAGGCACACUAAAGCCUCGUUUUUACCUGCCGUUAACAUACAUUCUUUAUUCUGGUCUUGUCCACAUUCUGAUUGUGCCCAGAUUUUCAGAUAUGCAUUUACACGUAGUAUUAAAAUGGGAUCCAAACACAAUAGGUGCCUGGCUAUCUCCGGAGGUGGUCAGGAAGAUCUGAUCACAAUCUGUCUUUUAAUCAUCUACAGCUGUCCAAAAAUGUGGGCACAAUCAGAAUGUGGACAAGAUCACAGCAUACCACCCUGCAUCCCACUGCUGGCUUACCUCUGAAGCUAAGCAGGGUUGUUCCUGGUUGGGAGACCAGAUUCUGCUGGAAGUGGUGUUGGAGGGGCGCUCUUUCCUCUGGUCUAAAAUAUACCAACGCCCCAGGGCAGUGAUUGGGGACAUUUCCCUGUGUAGAGUGCAGUCUUUCGGAUGGGAUGUUAAACGGGUGUCCUGUCUGUGAUCACUAAAGAUCCCAUGCCACUUAUCCUAAUAGUAGGGGUGUUAACCCUGGUGUCCUGGCUAAAUUCACAAUCUGACCCACAAACCAUCAUGGUCACCUAAUCAUCCCCAGCUUCCAAUAGGCUCAUUUGUCGUCGUCCCCCCCCCCCCCUCCUCUCCCCUGUAACUAUUCCCCAGGUUGUUGCUGUGAAUGAGAAUGUGUUCAGUCAACUUACCUGGUAAAAUAAGGGAUAAAAUAAAAAUCCGGACAAAGGACUGAUUGUGAUCUGAGAACCAGGUAUAAACGGGGCUUAUGUUGCACUUUCAUCCUUUGUUUUCUUUGUUGAUAGAGUGGAGAAAGCAACACUGCUGCAUGCCAUCAUUGCUUAUUUGAAACCUGUGGUGUGUUCAGUUCGAUUGAAGUUUGCUAUGUUGCGUAACGGUUUGUACUGAACGACACGUUUCCCCAAAACAUUCCAAUGUUCUUUGAAUGGACUUUGAGGUACGUUUGCUCCGUUUGGUGGGUGUGGCUUGAAGCAAUGGGGGCCAUAUUUAACGAGCAGUGGCCAUGCUGAUCCCCAACCUCUGGUUGUUUGAGCUGGUCAUUCAGAACAGCACCGUGUCUGUUUAAUUGAAUGUUGCACUGUUUUUUUUUUCGUACUGAACGUUGCCCUGACCAUGGAAACAUUUUAAUUGCAAGAAAUGAACUAAUGGGAGUGUCUGUCCCUGAGGUUUGUGUAAAGCGUCUGACAUCAGUGAUGUCUUGUAUUAUAACUCAUUGGUUAGAACGCUGUAUUUUUAUUAGUCAGCGUUUUCCUAUAGUUUCAUUUCUCUUGUUUUUGCUAGACAGUACUUCUGUGACUUUGUGUAAAGUUUGUAAAGAUUUUCUUAUCUUGUACACUUCUUACACUUUUUGAUAAGUCUCUUUAAUCUGUGUAUUUUACCAUCUUUCUUGUAAGCUUUUGUUAAGGAUUUAUUUCCUAGGUGUUCCGAGUGUAGCUGUUCUGAAAGUAGUCAUUCCUAUUUCUCUGCAUUUCCCUGACCCAUUUGGAAAUGGAUUUGCCGCAAAAAGAUGUUUGAUUACUUGAUAAUGAUUCCAUCUAAAAGAGAGAUGCAGUGUAGUGACACUUGUCUUUUUAGGUUGAAAACGCUUUUUGAAAUUGGAGCCAAUGUGGCACCAGUAAUGUCUCUUGUCACCUGCGAGCUCUCAUUAUUAGGAAUGAAAGAACUUGACUGUAAGCUUCAAUGUGAAGAACCUCCACUAGUUCCAGUGGAGGUUUAAUAACGCAUCGUUUUGACAUUUGUGUUACUGUAGUUUUUUUAAAUGUCUCAAUGUUUUACUUUGUAAGCUACUCCUGCUUUGGUCUACAUUCACAAAUGGUUUGUAAAACAACACAAAAAACUGUUUUGUUUUUUGUUCUUUAAAAGCACAGCCUCGAAUAAUGUUGAUUCAAGUAGUUUAUUUUUAUUUUUUAUGAUGUGCUGUAAGUAGUCAUCGGAAAAUGACAACAUUUAAUUAAAGUGAAGCGUAUACCAAGACUGGCUGUGAAUGAAUAAUGGUGACUAUAUUUAAUAAAUUUAUUCACACUGA